AUGGAACCAAUUCGAGUUACACCUCAAACUCCUAUAAAAAAUAAACAACCUAUUACUUAUAAUGUCUUGAAUUCAGAUUCGUCAUUAUUAAAUAACGAGGUCGAAAAAACACAAAAUUUGGAGCAGCAAUCUUCUGAAGAUAGAACUCCUCGUCCUCCAAAUGCUUUUAUAUUAUAUAGGCGUUCAAAACAAGCGGAAGUUACUCAGGAAUAUGGGAAUAUUUCUAAUGCUAAAAUUUCAAAAAUACUUGCCAAGCUUUGGAGAAACGAAGACAAAUAUGUAAACCAUUAUUGGCAAAAAUUGGCCGAUAAAAAAAAAUGGAACAUAUGCUUGCUCAUCCUGGAUACGUCUAUCGACCAAGAAGAUCUGGCGAAAAUAACAAAAAAAUAUAUUGAAACAACUAACCCAAGAACCUAG